AUGCCUCACCCAGUAUCGCCGCCGAUAAUGAUAGCCAAAUCUGGCUCAACGACCCCUCCCCCGCCCGAGAUUGCGGCGUAUCGCGACACCGCGUUCAACGCCUCCAGCUCCCAAGCCUCGAUCGACGCUGCCUAUGCGCUCUGUGCCCAGCUGCUCGAGACCCCCGGCGGCUACCGUGGCCUCCAGCAGUAUGGCAUCCUGGACGACGUCAAGAAGGCCGCAGCCGACAAGAAGAGCGGCCUCAAGCGCGAGGGUGCCCAGAACCUCUUGGGUGCGCUCUUCGAGAAGCUGCCCUCCCAGCAGCCCCUGAGCCAAGUCUCUUUCCUGGUCGAGGACCACGCCGUCCUGGGCUGCGCGCUUGACGCCCUGUCUGACAAGGGCACCGUGGUGCGCGAUGCUGCGCAGUACGGAAUCGACGCCCUGUUCAGCCAUCUGAGCGCCGAAGCCCUGGUCGUCGGUCUUCUCCCCGCCCUCAUCACCUACCUGUCCAAGAAGACCGGAAAGUGGCAAGGCAGGGUCGGCGCUCUGAAGCUGAUGCAGAAGAUGGCCGACAAGGCCAAGAUGGAGAUCGGUUGCACCAAGGAGCAGGCCCUGGAGAAGGACCUGCUCCGCGAGGCCAUGGGCGAGAAGCUCGCUCGCCUCAUCCCCAUCGUCGAAGGCGACAUGCACGACCUCAAGGCCGAGGUUGAGAAGCAAGCCGUCCUCACCAUGACCUCUCUCACCACGCUCCUCUCCAACGACGACGUUGCCCCCAGGAUCCCUCUGCUCGUCGAGACCAUGCACCACCCCUCGACCGAGACCCUUCAGAAGGCCAUCCACGCUCUUUCUCAGACCACCUUCGUCGCCAUUGUGACGUCCCCUGUGCUUGCCCUUUUGACGCCCUUCUUGGAGCGGACGCUCAACAACCCCUCAACCACACAAGAAGUUUUGCGCCAGAGUGUCGUUAUUACAGAGAACCUGACCAAGCUUGUUCACGAUCCCAUCGAGGCUCGUACCUUCCUGCCCAAGCUGCAGCCCGGUGUCAAGGGUGUACUAGACCGUGCCUCCCUCCCCGAGGUUCGUGAGCUGGCCCAGCGCGCUUUGGACGUCAUGGACAAGGCCAUGGGCAACGAGCACGCCGUCGUUGAGAGAACCACUGGCGAUGAUGUCGCAAAGGUCCUCGAUGCCGAGGUCAAGAAAGCCGUCGGCGGUCUCGAUCUCCUGACUGCCAAGGAGCGCGGCUACAUCUGCGAGAUGGUGGCCGAGGACGUCAACCACCGCCAGAUCGCGCGUAUUGAAGCACGCAUCGCCCCCUACUUGAAGGACCUCACCAAGUCCGAGCCCAGCGAGCCCAUCGCAUCCGCUGUUCACAAGUUCUACCUCGAGGAGGAUCAGCGCAAGUAUGGUGUUCCCGAGAAGGAGGACGACGGUGAGACUGAGAUCGUCAACGCCGACUUCUCCCUCGCCUACGGUGGUAUGCUCCUGCUGUCGCACACCAACCUUCGCCUUCUCAAGGGUCACCGUUACGGUCUCUGUGGCCGCAACGGUGCAGGCAAGUCUACAUUGAUGAAGAGUAUCGCUGGUGGCAAGCUCGAAGGCUUCCCUUCCCAAGACGUCCUGCGAACCUGCUAUGUGGAGCACAACCAGGGUGAGGAUGCUGAUAUUAGCAUUCUGGACUUCAUGGUUAAGGAUCCUACCAUUGCUUCCGAGGGCCGAGAGCGUAUCUCUGAGGUCCUGGCCGAGUUCGGCUUCACUGCCGGCCCCGAGGGAAAGCAGUCGCAGAAGGUCGGCUCCUUGUCUGGAGGAUGGAAAAUGAAGCUGGCUUUGGCUAGGGCCAUGCUGCAAAAGGCUGAUGUCCUCUUGCUGGACGAACCUACUAACCACUUGGACGUUGCCAACAUCGCCUGGCUAGAAAACUACCUGAAGACCCACACGGACAUUACCAGUUUGAUCGUUUCUCACGACUCCGGUUUCCUCGACAACGUGACCACUGAUAUCUACCACUACGAGCCUGGCAAGAAGCUUGGCCACUUCAAGGGUAACCUGGCGGCCUUUGUGCAGGUUCGACCUGAGGCCAAGGCCUACUACGAACUUGCAGCGACUUCUGUCCAGUUCAAGUUCCCGCCUCCAGGAAUUCUCAGUGGUGUCAAGUCUCAGACGGCUGCCAUCAUCCGUAUGAGCGGGUGUUCCUACCAGUACCCCGGCGCUACAAAGCCCCAGCUUACGGAUGUGUCUUGCAAGCUGUCACUGCAGUCCCGCAUUGCUGUCAUUGGACCUAACGGAGCUGGCAAGUCGACCCUCAUCAAGAUGUUGACAGGCGAGACGAUUCCCACCGUCGGACGUGUGGAGAAGCACCCUAACCUGCGUAUCGGCUACAUUAAGCAACACGCUCUUGAGCACGUCGAGAUGCAUCUUGAGAAGACACCCAACCAGUAUCUUCAGUGGCGGUACGCCAACGGUGACGAUCGUGAGGUGUUCUUGAAGCAGACACGUAUCCUUUCGGACAAGGACCGUGAGCAGAUGGACAAAUUCAUUGAUGUUCACGACGGCAAGGGCGCGCGACAGAUUGAGGCUCUUGUUGGUAGACAGAAGUGGAAGAAGUCCUUCCAAUACGAAGUUAAAUGGCGUGCAACCCUUCCCAAGUAUAACAGCCAGGUUUCCCGUGAAACCCUGCUGGAGUGGGGUUUCGAUAAGCUGAUUCAGGAAUUCGAUGACCACGAGGCGUCUCGUGAAGGUCUCGGCUACCGUGAACUGCAGCCAAAGGUCAUUUCCAAGCACUUCGAGGACUUGGGUCUCGACCCGGAAAUCGCCAACCACAACGAGAUCGGAUCUCUGUCUGGUGGUCAGAAGGUCAAGGUUGUCAUUGCUGGCGCCAUGUGGAACAACCCCCACUUGCUGGUCUUGGACGAGCCGACUAACUUUUUGGACCGAGACUCCAUGGGCGGUCUGGCGAUGGCUAUCCGAACCUUCAAGGGUGGUGUGGUUAUGAUUUCCCACAACGAAGAGUUCGUCGGUGCGCUGGCCAAUGAGCAGUGGCAUGUCAACGAUGGCAAGAUGGUGAUCAAGGGCUCCACGCUUGUUUCCCUUGAGGACUCUCGCCCUGGAUCACAGCUGACGAGCGCUGUUGCCAGCACCGCUGCCAGCAGUGUGGUCAGCAGUGCAGUCAACAGUGGCGUCGAGGACAACGUGCCGCUGAAGUUCAAGGCCAAGAAGAAGAAGAAGAAGACCAAGAAGGAGCUGAAGGAGCAGGAGGUCCGGAGACGUCUGAGACACAUCGAGUGGUUGAACAGCCCCAAGGGCACGCCCCACCCUGUGGAUACCGACGACGAGGAGUAA